UGCGGGUGUGGCUAUGGAGUCUCUCUAUCUAUAUGGCAGGGAGACUCUCUGCUGCCUGGUGCCAUGUCCUGAGCUGCUCCCCUCUGCCAUGCCCUUCCGCCAUGAUGUGCUGCCUCACCUUGGGCCAGGACAGCGGAGUUGGCCAUCUAUGGACUGAGACUUCUGAAAUUGUGAGCCCCAAAUAAACUUUUCCUCCUCUCAUCAUUCUCAUCCUGUCUUUUGGUCACAGCAGCAAAAAAAGCUGACCCCACACGGGCCAAGAUCCACACCCAGAGGCACGGGGGUAGGUGGCGAACCCUGUGCUCCCCAGCCCAUGGAGAAGGGCGCCCCAGUCUGCUGGGAGAAGCCCAGGCUGCCCUCGUGGUCCGGGCCCCACCACCCAUCGGCUCCGGGUUCUUGUCGCCCUUCCUCUCUGCCCCCUUUUCAAUGCAGACUCUGUCCUCAGGCUGUCACCUCAUCCUGGCUGCUACUGUCCCCAGGGGAAGAAGGCAAAAGGCUAAAAGGCCAUCAGUAGACUCUGGUCCUUCAGAUAAAAAUGAAAGGCACACAGGGAGCCCCGCCCUGGGCCUCUGCUUCCUCCUGACGGCCAGACUGGGUCUCGGGCCACUCCUGGCCAGCAUCUGGGCGCUGGAGUCACAGAGGAGUUACGGGACCGGCACAAAGCGAGAUCCUGGGGAUGACACCAUGUUGCUGUCGCUGGAAAUCCGGCCUCGCGGGCGGAUGGGAGCCAAACACACAACUGGAAACUGCCGGCCACCUCCAGCUAAGCGCCCCGCGCAGGGCCCGCGCCCGGGUGUCUGCUGCCCCCGCGCGGCCGCGCGGCCGUCCUGCACCCGCAGGGAAGCGCGCUUGAAAGCUGGCGCGGGGCUUCGGGGUUGGCAGGAGAUCCGAGGCAGGUCCUCUGUCCGGGACUGGGACACCCCGCGGGACAGGGACCUGGGAAUGGCACUUCUUGGCGUGUGCAAGGCAGCGGCUGCUGAUAACUGGGUUGUCCCAGCCGGUCCAGCAGGUUACCUCGAAGGUGCAACUCCAAGGUCGCACAGUGCAAUCCUGCAUGGACCGCCUUGAACCCAGUGCUGAGUGGCAAAGAGAAGGGACAGGGAGGGAACUUGGACUGAGGGCAGAGGGACUCCCAGAGGGAGACUCUAAAUUGAGGGCUUCUGCUGCCCUCAGGCUCCCACUUGCUGGUAGGGCCCUUCGUUCAUUCAUUCAUUCAUUCAUUCAAUUUACUGUCCUUUUUGUGGCAUUUGGGACAGAAACCAGGGCCUGUUGCAAGCAGUGCACAGGUCUCACCGUCAAGCCCUUCAUUCGUUUCUCAACUCAACCAUAUUUAUGGAGCGUUCUGUGCAGCUGGCACGAUCCCGGGCAUGGUCCUUGCUUUCAGAGGUGGCCUGCAGGAAGGGAAGGCAGGAGUCGGCAGGGUGACCAUGAGGUUUGGGCUGGCAGGACUGCAGGGCUGGGGUCGCAGUUCCUGGUCGCUGGUAGGGCAAAGUCCUCAGUGGGUCACAGUUCAGGUGGGGCCCCUGACCUCUGUCACUAGAUGCCCAGGUCUUGUGACCCCUCCUGUCCCUCCUUUCUGUGGUCUGGGUAGCCACAGAGCCACAGAGAAGCCUUGCUGGAAUCUUGCUUGGGGACCAAGACGAGGGCUCUGGGGCUGGGUGAGGGGCCGCAGAAGGCAGCGUGUGAGCAGAGCUGAGACUGAGACCAGAUGGGACACCCCUGGGGGCUCCUGCCCUGACCACAUGCAGACUGAUCUCUACAUAAGAGGUGUGGUGGAAUUCUGGGUAGGAGGACGCUGGGCGAUAGUGGGGGGCAGGCCAACAAGGGGAGCAGGGAGGAGAGAGAGGGAGUAGUUCAAAUCCUGAUUUCAGCCACCACCUUCAUACUCCCAGCAUCCCCUGCGCCCCUCUUCCCGCCCCACUCCUCCCUUCUGCCCCAUCUCAGUGGACAGCACCACCAUCACCCCUCACCUAGCCUUCCGGGGGAUCCCUGCCUCGCUCUGUGUUCUUCCUAGUCAUUCCUCGGCUGGAACCCAAUUCUCUGUCUUUUGGUUUUACACAUCUUGCAAGUGAAGCAUAAUUAAUGGCCCUUUGUCCUGGACUUUGUCUAUCAAAUAACCUUGGAAGGGAGUCUCCUCCUGGGACAAAGAACACACUUGUUUUCUGCUCAUUAUUAAGGUUUGACCUCCUUUCCUGAACCACACCCGCUGUGUGUACCAUGGUGACAAUACAAUGAGGUUUGGGCUGGCAGGACUGCAGGGCUGGGGUCGCGUAGGGCAAAGUCCUCAGUGGAUCACAGUUCAGGUGGGGCCCCUGACCUCUGUCACUAGAUGGCACAUGGGUGCCAUCUGAUCCUCUUCAUGACCCUGUGGGAUUUGGACUCAAGGAAGGAAUGCAUGAUGCUCACACCGUAGUCCCCUGCUAUUGCUGUCAGUAGCAAAUCAUCCUUUGUCUCUGACCCUGAAGUCUCGUGCCCUCUCCCAGCCUCUGUGGAGGCUGAGUUCUUGGCUGGCAACUAAGGUAACAUGUCAGGAUGUCUCGAUUCCUUCAAUGCUGUCGGUCCUCCUUAGUCCGUUUUCUGUUGCUAUGACAGAAUAUCUAAGACUGAGAACUU